AUGAAAACCAGAGCAAAGGUAACAGCCGAAGAAAUCUAUGUAGCAGCAAGACAAGAAGAAACUUUAGAAACACGUAAAUCACCCAGUCCAGACAAACCAGAGAGGGUCACCGACAUUGUAGAUGAAACUAAACCUUUGGAAAGUCCUGAAAAGAAGCCUUCCCCUGAACCAAUGAAAAUUGAGACAGUUUCAAAGGCAAUUGUUGAAGAAACAAUUGAAAUCAUUGAGAAGAAAGCUUCUCCAGAACCAGCGAAAAUUGAGGAGGUCAAGGAAGACAUUAAAUCAAGUGAAAUUCCUGAAAAGAAAACUUCUCCUGAAGAAGAAAAAAUUAAGGAGAUUGUAGAUGAAACUAAACCUUUGGAGAGUCCUGAGAAGAAGCCUUCCCCUGAACCAAUGAAGAUUGAGACAGUUUCAAAGGCAAUUGUUGAAGAAACAGUUGAAAUCAUUGAGAAGAAAGCUUCUCCAGAACCAGCGAAAAUUGAGGAGGUCAAGGAAGACAUUAAAUCAAGUGAAAUUCCUGAAAAGAAAACUUCUCCUGAAGAAGAAAAAAUUAAGGAGAUUGUAGAUGAAACUAAACCUUUGGAGAGUCCUGAGAAGAAGCCUUCCCCUGAACCAAUGAAGAUUGAGACAGUUUCAAAGGCAAUUGUUGAAGAAACAGUUGAAAUCAUUGAGAAGAAAGCUUCUCCAGAACCAGCGAAAAUUGAGGAGGUCAAGGAAGACAUUAAAUCAAGUGAAAUUCCUGAAAAGAAAACUUCUCCUGAAGAAGAAAAAAUUAAGGAGAUUGUAGAUGAAACUAAACCUUUGGAGAGUCCUGAGAAGAAGCCUUCCCCUGAACCAAUGAAGAUUGAGACAGUUUCAAAGGCAAUUGUUGAAGAAACAGUUGAAAUCAUUGAGAAGAAAGCUUCUCCAGAACCAGCGAAAAUUGAGGAGGUCAAGGAAGACAUUAAAUCAAGUGAAAUUCCUGAAAAGAAAACUUCUCCUGAAGAAGAAAAAAUUAAGGAGAUUGUAGAUGAAACUAAACCUUUGGAGAGUCCUGAGAAGAAGCCUUCCCCUGAACCAAUGAAGAUUGAGACAGUUUCAAAGGCAAUUGUUGAAGAAACAGUUGAAAUCAUUGAGAAGAAAGCUUCUCCAGAACCAGCGAAAAUUGAGGAGGUCAAGGAAGACAUUAAAUCAAGUGAAAUUCCUGAAAAGAAAACUUCUCCUGAAGAAGAAAAAAUUAAGGAGAUUGUAGAUGAAACUAAACCUUUGGAGAGUCCUGAGAAGAAGCCUUCCCCUGAACCAAUGAAGAUUGAGACAGUUUCAAAGGCAAUUGUUGAAGAAACAGUUGAAAUCAUUGAGAAGAAAGCUUCUCCAGAACCAGCGAAAAUUGAGGAGGUCAAGGAAGACAUUAAAUCAAGUGAAAUUCCUGAAAAGAAAACUUCUCCUGAAGAAGAAAAAAUUAAGGAGAUUGUAGAUGAAACUAAACCUUUGGAGAGUCCUGAGAAGAAGCCUUCCCCUGAACCAAUGAAGAUUGAGACAGUUUCAAAGGCAAUUGUUGAAGAAACAGUUGAAAUCAUUGAGAAGAAAGCUUCUCCAGAACCAGCGAAAAUUGAGGAGGUCAAGGAAGACAUUAAAUCAAGUGAAAUUCCUGAAAAGAAAACUUCUCCUGAAGAAGAAAAAAUUAAGGAGAUUGUAGAUGAAACUAAACCUUUGGAGAGUCCUGAGAAGAAGCCUUCCCCUGAACCAAUGAAGAUUGAGACAGUUUCAAAGGCAAUUGUUGAAGAAACAGUUGAAAUCAUUGAGAAGAAAGCUUCUCCAGAACCAGCGAAAAUUGAGGAGGUCAAGGAAGACAUUAAAUCAAGUGAAAUUCCUGAAAAGAAAACUUCUCCUGAAGAAGAAAAAAUUAAGGAGAUUGUAGAUGAAACUAAACCUUUGGAGAGUCCUGAGAAGAAGCCUUCCCCUGAACCAAUGAAGAUUGAGACAGUUUCAAAGGCAAUUGUUGAAGAAACAGUUGAAAUCAUUGAGAAGAAAGCUUCUCCAGAACCAGCGAAAAUUGAGGAGGUCAAGGAAGACAUUAAAUCAAGUGAAAUUCCUGAAAAGAAAACUUCUCCUGAAGAAGAAAAAAUUAAGGAGAUUGUAGAUGAAACUAAACCUUUGGAGAGUCCUGAGAAGAAGCCUUCCCCUGAACCAAUGAAGAUUGAGACAGUUUCAAAGGCAAUUGUUGAAGAAACAGUUGAAAUCAUUGAGAAGAAAGCUUCUCCAGAACCAGCGAAAAUUGAGGAGGUCAAGGAAGACAUUAAAUCAAGUGAAAUUCCUGAAAAGAAAACUUCUCCUGAAGAAGAAAAAAUUAAGGAGAUUGUAGAUGAAACUAAACCUUUGGAGAGUCCUGAGAAGAAGCCUUCCCCUGAACCAAUGAAGAUUGAGACAGUUUCAAAGGCAAUUGUUGAAGAAACAGUUGAAAUCAUUGAGAAGAAAGCUUCUCCAGAACCAGCGAAAAUUGAGGAGGUCAAGGAAGACAUUAAAUCAAGUGAAAUUCCUGAAAAGAAAACUUCUCCUGAAGAAGAAAAAAUUAAGGAGAUUGUAGAUGAAACUAAACCUUUGGAGAGUCCUGAGAAGAAGCCUUCCCCUGAACCAAUGAAGAUUGAGACAGUUUCAAAGGCAAUUGUUGAAGAAACAGUUGAAAUCAUUGAGAAGAAAGCUUCUCCAGAACCAGCGAAAAUUGAGGAGGUCAAGGAAGACAUUAAAUCAAGUGAAAUUCCUGAAAAGAAAACUUCUCCUGAAGAAGAAAAAAUUAAGGAGAUUGUAGAUGAAACUAAACCUUUGGAGAGUCCUGAGAAGAAGCCUUCCCCUGAACCAAUGAAGAUUGAGACAGUUUCAAAGGCAAUUGUUGAAGAAACAGUUGAAAUCAUUGAGAAGAAAGCUUCUCCAGAACCAGCGAAAAUUGAGGAGGUCAAGGAAGACAUUAAAUCAAGUGAAAUUCCUGAAAAGAAAACUUCUCCUGAAGAAGAAAAAAUUAAGGAGAUUGUAGAUGAAACUAAACCUUUGGAGAGUCCUGAGAAGAAGCCUUCCCCUGAACCAAUGAAGAUUGAGACAGUUUCAAAGGCAAUUGUUGAAGAAACAGUUGAAAUCAUUGAGAAGAAAGCUUCUCCAGAACCAGCGAAAAUUGAGGAGGUCAAGGAAGACAUUAAAUCAAGUGAAAUUCCUGAAAAGAAAACUUCUCCUGAAGAAGAAAAAAUUAAGGAGAUUGUAGAUGAAACUAAACCUUUGGAGAGUCCUGAGAAGAAGCCUUCCCCUGAACCAAUGAAGAUUGAGACAGUUUCAAAGGCAAUUGUUGAAGAAACAGUUGAAAUCAUUGAGAAGAAAGCUUCUCCAGAACCAGCGAAAAUUGAGGAGGUCAAGGAAGACAUUAAAUCAAGUGAAAUUCCUGAAAAGAAAACUUCUCCUGAAGAAGAAAAAAUUAAGGAGAUUGUAGAUGAAACUAAACCUUUGGAGAGUCCUGAGAAGAAGCCUUCCCCUGAACCAAUGAAGAUUGAGACAGUUUCAAAGGCAAUUGUUGAAGAAACAGUUGAAAUCAUUGAGAAGAAAGCUUCUCCAGAACCAGCGAAAAUUGAGGAGGUCAAGGAAGACAUUAAAUCAAGUGAAAUUCCUGAAAAGAAAACUUCUCCUGAAGAAGAAAAAAUUAAGGAGAUUGUAGAUGAAACUAAACCUUUGGAGAGUCCUGAGAAGAAGCCUUCCCCUGAACCAAUGAAGAUUGAGACAGUUUCAAAGGCAAUUGUUGAAGAAACAGUUGAAAUCAUUGAGAAGAAAGCUUCUCCAGAACCAGCGAAAAUUGAGGAGGUCAAGGAAGACAUUAAAUCAAGUGAAAUUCCUGAAAAGAAAACUUCUCCUGAAGAAGAAAAAAUUAAGGAGAUUGUAGAUGAAACUAAACCUUUGGAGAGUCCUGAGAAGAAGCCUUCCCCUGAACCAAUGAAGAUUGAGACAGUUUCAAAGGCAAUUGUUGAAGAAACAGUUGAAAUCAUUGAGAAGAAAGCUUCUCCAGAACCAGCGAAAAUUGAGGAGGUCAAGGAAGACAUUAAAUCAAGUGAAAUUCCUGAAAAGAAAACUUCUCCUGAAGAAGAAAAAAUUAAGGAGAUUGUAGAUGAAACUAAACCUUUGGAGAGUCCUGAGAAGAAGCCUUCCCCUGAACCAAUGAAGAUUGAGACAGUUUCAAAGGCAAUUGUUGAAGAAACAGUUGAAAUCAUUGAGAAGAAAGCUUCUCCAGAACCAGCGAAAAUUGAGGAGGUCAAGGAAGACAUUAAAUCAAGUGAAAUUCCUGAAAAGAAAACUUCUCCUGAAGAAGAAAAAAUUAAGGAGAUUGUAGAUGAAACUAAACCUUUGGAGAGUCCUGAGAAGAAGCCUUCCCCUGAACCAAUGAAGAUUGAGACAGUUUCAAAGGCAAUUGUUGAAGAAACAGUUGAAAUCAUUGAGAAGAAAGCUUCUCCAGAACCAGCGAAAAUUGAGGAGGUCAAGGAAGACAUUAAAUCAAGUGAAAUUCCUGAAAAGAAAACUUCUCCUGAAGAAGAAAAAAUUAAGGAGAUUGUAGAUGAAACUAAACCUUUGGAGAGUCCUGAGAAGAAGCCUUCCCCUGAACCAAUGAAGAUUGAGACAGUUUCAAAGGCAAUUGUUGAAGAAACAGUUGAAAUCAUUGAGAAGAAAGCUUCUCCAGAACCAGCGAAAAUUGAGGAGGUCAAGGAAGACAUUAAAUCAAGUGAAAUUCCUGAAAAGAAAACUUCUCCUGAAGAAGAAAAAAUUAAGGAGAUUGUAGAUGAAACUAAACCUUUGGAGAGUCCUGAGAAGAAGCCUUCCCCUGAACCAAUGAAGAUUGAGACAGUUUCAAAGGCAAUUGUUGAAGAAACAGUUGAAAUCAUUGAGAAGAAAGCUUCUCCAGAACCAGCGAAAAUUGAGGAGGUCAAGGAAGACAUUAAAUCAAGUGAAAUUCCUGAAAAGAAAACUUCUCCUGAAGAAGAAAAAAUUAAGGAGAUUGUAGAUGAAACUAAACCUUUGGAGAGUCCUGAGAAGAAGCCUUCCCCUGAACCAAUGAAGAUUGAGACAGUUUCAAAGGCAAUUGUUGAAGAAACAGUUGAAAUCAUUGAGAAGAAAGCUUCUCCAGAACCAGCGAAAAUUGAGGAGGUCAAGGAAGACAUUAAAUCAAGUGAAAUUCCUGAAAAGAAAACUUCUCCUGAAGAAGAAAAAAUUAAGGAGAUUGUAGAUGAAACUAAACCUUUGGAGAGUCCUGAGAAGAAGCCUUCCCCUGAACCAAUGAAGAUUGAGACAGUUUCAAAGGCAAUUGUUGAAGAAACAGUUGAAAUCAUUGAGAAGAAAGCUUCUCCAGAACCAGCGAAAAUUGAGGAGGUCAAGGAAGACAUUAAAUCAAGUGAAAUUCCUGAAAAGAAAACUUCUCCUGAAGAAGAAAAAAUUAAGGAGAUUGUAGAUGAAACUAAACCUUUGGAGAGUCCUGAGAAGAAGCCUUCCCCUGAACCAAUGAAGAUUGAGACAGUUUCAAAGGCAAUUGUUGAAGAAACAGUUGAAAUCAUUGAGAAGAAAGCUUCUCCAGAACCAGCGAAAAUUGAGGAGGUCAAGGAAGACAUUAAAUCAAGUGAAAUUCCUGAAAAGAAAACUUCUCCUGAAGAAGAAAAAAUUAAGGAGAUUGUAGAUGAAACUAAACCUUUGGAGAGUCCUGAGAAGAAGCCUUCCCCUGAACCAAUGAAGAUUGAGACAGUUUCAAAGGCAAUUGUUGAAGAAACAGUUGAAAUCAUUGAGAAGAAAGCUUCUCCAGAACCAGCGAAAAUUGAGGAGGUCAAGGAAGACAUUAAAUCAAGUGAAAUUCCUGAAAAGAAAACUUCUCCUGAAGAAGAAAAAAUUAAGGAGAUUGUAGAUGAAACUAAACCUUUGGAGAGUCCUGAGAAGAAGCCUUCCCCUGAACCAAUGAAGAUUGAGACAGUUUCAAAGGCAAUUGUUGAAGAAACAGUUGAAAUCAUUGAGAAGAAAGCUUCUCCAGAACCAGCGAAAAUUGAGGAGGUCAAGGAAGACAUUAAAUCAAGUGAAAUUCCUGAAAAGAAAACUUCUCCUGAAGAAGAAAAAAUUAAGGAGAUUGUAGAUGAAACUAAACCUUUGGAGAGUCCUGAGAAGAAGCCUUCCCCUGAACCAAUGAAGAUUGAGACAGUUUCAAAGGCAAUUGUUGAAGAAACAGUUGAAAUCAUUGAGAAGAAAGCUUCUCCAGAACCAGCGAAAAUUGAGGAGGUCAAGGAAGACAUUAAAUCAAGUGAAAUUCCUGAAAAGAAAACUUCUCCUGAAGAAGAAAAAAUUAAGGAGAUUGUAGAUGAAACUAAACCUUUGGAGAGUCCUGAGAAGAAGCCUUCCCCUGAACCAAUGAAGAUUGAGACAGUUUCAAAGGCAAUUGUUGAAGAAACAGUUGAAAUCAUUGAGAAGAAAGCUUCUCCAGAACCAGCGAAAAUUGAGGAGGUCAAGGAAGACAUUAAAUCAAGUGAAAUUCCUGAAAAGAAAACUUCUCCUGAAGAAGAAAAAAUUAAGGAGAUUGUAGAUGAAACUAAACCUUUGGAGAGUCCUGAGAAGAAGCCUUCCCCUGAACCAAUGAAGAUUGAGACAGUUUCAAAGGCAAUUGUUGAAGAAACAGUUGAAAUCAUUGAGAAGAAAGCUUCUCCAGAACCAGCGAAAAUUGAGGAGGUCAAGGAAGACAUUAAAUCAAGUGAAAUUCCUGAAAAGAAAACUUCUCCUGAAGAAGAAAAAAUUAAGGAGAUUGUAGAUGAAACUAAACCUUUGGAGAGUCCUGAGAAGAAGCCUUCCCCUGAACCAAUGAAGAUUGAGACAGUUUCAAAGGCAAUUGUUGAAGAAACAGUUGAAAUCAUUGAGAAGAAAGCUUCUCCAGAACCAGCGAAAAUUGAGGAGGUCAAGGAAGACAUUAAAUCAAGUGAAAUUCCUGAAAAGAAAACUUCUCCUGAAGAAGAAAAAAUUAAGGAGAUUGUAGAUGAAACUAAACCUUUGGAGAGUCCUGAGAAGAAGCCUUCCCCUGAACCAAUGAAGAUUGAGACAGUUUCAAAGGCAAUUGUUGAAGAAACAGUUGAAAUCAUUGAGAAGAAAGCUUCUCCAGAACCAGCGAAAAUUGAGGAGGUCAAGGAAGACAUUAAAUCAAGUGAAAUUCCUGAAAAGAAAACUUCUCCUGAAGAAGAAAAAAUUAAGGAGAUUGUAGAUGAAACUAAACCUUUGGAGAGUCCUGAGAAGAAGCCUUCCCCUGAACCAAUGAAGAUUGAGACAGUUUCAAAGGCAAUUGUUGAAGAAACAGUUGAAAUCAUUGAGAAGAAAGCUUCUCCAGAACCAGCGAAAAUUGAGGAGGUCAAGGAAGACAUUAAAUCAAGUGAAAUUCCUGAAAAGAAAACUUCUCCUGAAGAAGAAAAAAUUAAGGAGAUUGUAGAUGAAACUAAACCUUUGGAGAGUCCUGAGAAGAAGCCUUCCCCUGAACCAAUGAAGAUUGAGACAGUUUCAAAGGCAAUUGUUGAAGAAACAGUUGAAAUCAUUGAGAAGAAAGCUUCUCCAGAACCAGCGAAAAUUGAGGAGGUCAAGGAAGACAUUAAAUCAAGUGAAAUUCCUGAAAAGAAAACUUCUCCUGAAGAAGAAAAAAUUAAGGAGAUUGUAGAUGAAACUAAACCUUUGGAGAGUCCUGAGAAGAAGCCUUCCCCUGAACCAAUGAAGAUUGAGACAGUUUCAAAGGCAAUUGUUGAAGAAACAGUUGAAAUCAUUGAGAAGAAAGCUUCUCCAGAACCAGCGAAAAUUGAGGAGGUCAAGGAAGACAUUAAAUCAAGUGAAAUUCCUGAAAAGAAAACUUCUCCUGAAGAAGAAAAAAUUAAGGAGAUUGUAGAUGAAACUAAACCUUUGGAGAGUCCUGAGAAGAAGCCUUCCCCUGAACCAAUGAAGAUUGAGACAGUUUCAAAGGCAAUUGUUGAAGAAACAGUUGAAAUCAUUGAGAAGAAAGCUUCUCCAGAACCAGCGAAAAUUGAGGAGGUCAAGGAAGACAUUAAAUCAAGUGAAAUUCCUGAAAAGAAAACUUCUCCUGAAGAAGAAAAAAUUAAGGAGAUUGUAGAUGAAACUAAACCUUUGGAGAGUCCUGAGAAGAAGCCUUCCCCUGAACCAAUGAAGAUUGAGACAGUUUCAAAGGCAAUUGUUGAAGAAACAGUUGAAAUCAUUGAGAAGAAAGCUUCUCCAGAACCAGCGAAAAUUGAGGAGGUCAAGGAAGACAUUAAAUCAAGUGAAAUUCCUGAAAAGAAAACUUCUCCUGAAGAAGAAAAAAUUAAGGAGAUUGUAGAUGAAACUAAACCUUUGGAGAGUCCUGAGAAGAAGCCUUCCCCUGAACCAAUGAAGAUUGAGACAGUUUCAAAGGCAAUUGUUGAAGAAACAGUUGAAAUCAUUGAGAAGAAAGCUUCUCCAGAACCAGCGAAAAUUGAGGAGGUCAAGGAAGACAUUAAAUCAAGUGAAAUUCCUGAAAAGAAAACUUCUCCUGAAGAAGAAAAAAUUAAGGAGAUUGUAGAUGAAACUAAACCUUUGGAGAGUCCUGAGAAGAAGCCUUCCCCUGAACCAAUGAAGAUUGAGACAGUUUCAAAGGCAAUUGUUGAAGAAACAGUUGAAAUCAUUGAGAAGAAAGCUUCUCCAGAACCAGCGAAAAUUGAGGAGGUCAAGGAAGACAUUAAAUCAAGUGAAAUUCCUGAAAAGAAAACUUCUCCUGAAGAAGAAAAAAUUAAGGAGAUUGUAGAUGAAACUAAACCUUUGGAGAGUCCUGAGAAGAAGCCUUCCCCUGAACCAAUGAAGAUUGAGACAGUUUCAAAGGCAAUUGUUGAAGAAACAGUUGAAAUCAUUGAGAAGAAAGCUUCUCCAGAACCAGCGAAAAUUGAGGAGGUCAAGGAAGACAUUAAAUCAAGUGAAAUUCCUGAAAAGAAAACUUCUCCUGAAGAAGAAAAAAUUAAGGAGAUUGUAGAUGAAACUAAACCUUUGGAGAGUCCUGAGAAGAAGCCUUCCCCUGAACCAAUGAAGAUUGAGACAGUUUCAAAGGCAAUUGUUGAAGAAACAGUUGAAAUCAUUGAGAAGAAAGCUUCUCCAGAACCAGCGAAAAUUGAGGAGGUCAAGGAAGACAUUAAAUCAAGUGAAAUUCCUGAAAAGAAAACUUCUCCUGAAGAAGAAAAAAUUAAGGAGAUUGUAGAUGAAACUAAACCUUUGGAGAGUCCUGAGAAGAAGCCUUCCCCUGAACCAAUGAAGAUUGAGACAGUUUCAAAGGCAAUUGUUGAAGAAACAGUUGAAAUCAUUGAGAAGAAAGCUUCUCCAGAACCAGCGAAAAUUGAGGAGGUCAAGGAAGACAUUAAAUCAAGUGAAAUUCCUGAAAAGAAAACUUCUCCUGAAGAAGAAAAAAUUAAGGAGAUUGUAGAUGAAACUAAACCUUUGGAGAGUCCUGAGAAGAAGCCUUCCCCUGAACCAAUGAAGAUUGAGACAGUUUCAAAGGCAAUUGUUGAAGAAACAGUUGAAAUCAUUGAGAAGAAAGCUUCUCCAGAACCAGCGAAAAUUGAGGAGGUCAAGGAAGACAUUAAAUCAAGUGAAAUUCCUGAAAAGAAAACUUCUCCUGAAGAAAAAAUUAAGGAGAUUGUAGAUGAAACUAAACCUUUGGAGAGUCCUGAGAAGAAGCCUUCCCCUGAACCAAUGAAGAUUGAGACAGUUUCAAAGGCAAUUGUUGAAGAAACAGUUGAAAUCAUUGAGAAGAAAGCUUCUCCAGAACCAGCGAAAAUUGAGGAGGUCAAGGAAGACAUUAAAUCAAGUGAAAUUCCUGAAAAGAAAACUUCUCCUGAAGAAGAAAAAAUUAAGGAGAUUGUAGAUGAAACUAAACCUUUGGAGAGUCCUGAGAAGAAGCCUUCCCCUGAACCAAUGAAGAUUGAGACAGUUUCAAAGGCAAUUGUUGAAGAAACAGUUGAAAUCAUUGAGAAGAAAGCUUCUCCAGAACCAGCGAAAAUUGAGGAGGUCAAGGAAGACAUUAAAUCAAGUGAAAUUCCUGAAAAGAAAACUUCUCCUGAAGAAGAAAAAAUUAAGGAGAUUGUAGAUGAAACUAAACCUUUGGAGAGUCCUGAGAAGAAGCCUUCCCCUGAACCAAUGAAGAUUGAGACAGUUUCAAAGGCAAUUGUUGAAGAAACAGUUGAAAUCAUUGAGAAGAAAGCUUCUCCAGAACCAGCGAAAAUUGAGGAGGUCAAGGAAGACAUUAAAUCAAGUGAAAUUCCUGAAAAGAAAACUUCUCCUGAAGAAGAAAAAAUUAAGGAGAUUGUAGAUGAAACUAAACCUUUGGAGAGUCCUGAGAAGAAGCCUUCCCCUGAACCAAUGAAGAUUGAGACAAUUUCAAAGGCAAUUGUUGAAGAAACAGUUGAAAUCAUUGAGAAGAAAGCUUCUCCAGAACCAGCGAAAAUUGAGGAGGUCAAGGAAGACAUUAAAUCAAGUGAAAUUCCUGAAAAGAAAACUUCUCCUGAAAAAGAAAAAAUUAAGGAGAUUGUAGAUGAAACUAAACCUUUGGAGAGUCCUGAGAAGAAGCCUUCCUCUUUCGACCGAAAAGAAGAAAUGUCUCUUCAAUUGCGAAUUGAAAAGAAGUUACCAGAAGUUACGGAAAUUACAGAAAUAAAGACUCCGAGUCCUUCAAAAUCUCCACUGAAAGAGCCAGUAGAAUUCCAUGAAGUUAUUCAAAUACCUUUUGAGUCUACCUUUUCACUACCAACUCAGGUUUGUGAAGAGCAACCAGCGGAUACUGUGGAGAUUUUGGAAAUUACUGAAAUACUUACUGAGGACAUUGAUCCAUCAGUGGAAUAUAAGUCUUUUCAAGGAACUGAACACUUAGAAAUACACGACGACGAAACUACCACAGGACAUAGUGAAGAACCCGAUUCCCUUGUUCCUCAUCCUGAAAUUAAUUUUAUUCCCUUGGAUAAAAUUCAUUUGUCAGCUGUGAAUGUUUCGUCGCUGGCCUCAAGUGUCCUCCCACCGUCUGUGUCAUCAGAUGCUGCGGAAGGAUCAGACGUGGUGUUACAACGAAGUCCUGAGAGGAAAACAAGGCGUUCACGUACCGAAGACACAAUGGGACUUGGUGAUGAAUUUUUGAGAACUGGAAAAGAAAUUCUCGAAGACGAUUCACCCCAACUUACUGACGUUACGUCUUCAUCCAUAACAAAUGUUACGGACCGCAUUGAAUCAUCUCUCGAAACUGACUGGACGGUUGACGAUGAAUCUGCUGAUCAUACGCCGGUUAAAUCUGUUGGUCAUAUGACUGAAUCAGAGAAAACUAUUCACCUGAGUACACAGAUUAAAUAUGAAUCCGAGAAGUCCAUGUCUACUUCAGAUAACGCAGCGUCUGAUAUUUCAAAUGAAUCUAUGAGAAAAUUCGUUAGCAAUCUUCCGCACGAUAGUGACUCAAGUUUAGAUGCUCCGAAAUUAAAAGCUUCCUCAAGUGAUGAAAAGAUGUCUCCCUACGGUCAUGAGGAAGCUCAUCGACAUAUUAUUGAAAAAACUCAAAAAGUUGAGUCUUCGUCUCCUUUGAGUGAUCUCACUGAAUGUACAGAGAGUGUUUCUGCUGUUGAAUCAAUUAUUGAAGAAAUUCCUGAGAAGGAGAUUGAAAAGAUAGAGAAGAAAAUCAUAAUUGAUAAAAAGGAUAAGAGUCCAACUGAAAAGAUUAAGAGAAGCUCAAUUGUAAAGAAGAAAGAUGUUAAAUCUCCCUCUCCGACCAAACCGUUGGUUGAUUCAAAUAAAAUUAAAGAAAAACCAAGCAAGGGACAAAAGAUUGAUCUUGGAAAGUCAACUACGAAAAAGAUCCAUGUUAGUCGUAAAACUGAGGAUGUGUCUGUUACUUCCUCUACUACUAAAACUACAACAGUUACAUCCAGUAGAAUGUAUGGCUAUAUGCAAUCUACGUUGUCUCGUGAUCAAAAGAUCGGAAAAGGUAUCUCAAUUCCAGAAAGAAGAGUACAUACCCCUACACGUAUGACUAGUAGAAGUGAGACCCCUAGGACUCCCAUAAAGAAAACUGAAGCUAGAAGUCGUGUGGACUCAUUUAGGUCUCAAACUCCUGAAGUUAAAGAAGACAGAAAAUCAGUUGCGAAGAAAGAAAAUAAAUUUGAUGACUCAGAAAAGAAGGUAGUUGUAAGCGUUGAAAAGAAGAUUUCUAAGAGUAAGAAAACAACUCCUCUACCUCCAUCGAAUGAGGAGAAGAAGAAACCCCAAGUUAAGACUACAACAACGUCAAAAGUUGCAUCAAUAAAGAGUAAUAAAGAUAUAAAAAAUUUAAGUAUGAUUCCCAUUAAGAAGACUAGAAUGGAGAUUAAGAAAAAAGAUUCAGAAAAUGUAGCUCAGGUUAGAGUUAAGAAAGCUACUUCGACAACUACGAAGAUAACAUUGCACUCAUCAAGUGAUGAGGAUAGGAAGAAGAAGGGUGAGAAGGUGAAGAAGACUUCACCGCAGGAACCAAAGAAAACCCUCAAGAGGGCUGAACUCAAGGAUAAAUUAUUAAGUCAGGAAGCACGUAGGGAAGCUAGGAAGAUAGGUCAGGAAAUUGAUUCGUACCGUAGCCAAUCGGCCGUACCGUAUAUGCACAGGGAGUAUGUAAGUCGCGAAAAAUCCCCGGCAUCCUUGCCGUCAAGCCCGAAUCAUUUACGCCGAACAAUUCAAAAUGGAAGUCAAGUUAUAACGAGCGAAGUUUUCACGCGAACGGUUGACUCCUCGCGGUCCAUUGAAGUGAUCUAUCGCCAGCCAUCUACGUCUAAUGUCGAUCUCGUGCGGCGGCUCAAUGACUACAAGUACAACGAUGUGGAUGUGAGUUUCAUAGAGACGACAGACUCGAGUUUGUCGGACUCUAUUGCUCUACCAUCCUCAUCGUCUGAUCAUGAAAAUGAUGGGUUUGGCAAGUGGAAACGUUCAUGCAGUCCUGCUUCGCCGAAACCCACCAAGAGAGCCCUGCAGAUGCUCGAACAUAAGAUUGGGCGCAAAAGUGAGACCCUUAUUACGAGUACAAUUAAAGAUGAGGAAGAAUCAGUUGUAGCCACGGAAGGGUGCCACGUGGAAGGUGGGAAGAGUGUAGAGUCCGCUGUGACUCAUGUGGCUGGUGUCACGCAGGAGAGUCGUCUCUCACCUAUCCUCGCCUUCAAAGCCGUCUCACCGCCACGUAUGAAGCACAAGUUCGACUACGAGAGCCACGAUACCAAAGGUAAAUGA